AUGGUGAAAAACAACCCCAAAACCCAACCCAAGAAGUCGACCCAGACGCCCAAGAAGUCGCGCUCCGCCAUCACUGAUGUCGUGGCCCGCGAGUAUACCAUCCACCUCCACAAACGAGUCCACGGCGUAUCGUUCAAGAAGCGAGCCCCCCGCGCUAUCAAGGAGAUUCGAAAAUUCGCGACCCUGGCAAUGGGCACAAGCGACGUGCGUCUCGACCCCCAGCUGAACAAAAAGGUCUGGGAAUCCGGCAUCAAGGGCGUGCCCUUCCGGCUGCGCGUGCGCAUCUCGAGAAAGCGAAACGAUGAGGAGGGCGCCAAGGAGAAGCUGUACUCGUAUGUGCAGGCCGUGAAUGUCAAGGAGCGGGAGGCCAAGGGGUUGAACACCGUUGUCGUUGAAGAAUCAUAG